AUGGCAGUCUGGGAUUUAUUUGGAUGGUUUAGAGACAUUUUGUCUUCUUUAGGCUUAUGGAACAAGCACGGUAAAUUGUUGUUCUUAGGUUUAGACAACGCUGGUAAGACUACUCUAUUGCAUAUGCUAAAGAACGACAGAUUAGCCACGUUGCAACCCACCUGGCAUCCAACAUCUGAGGAGUUAGCUAUUGGGAAUAUCAAGUUCACUACGUUUGACUUGGGUGGGCACAUUCAGGCGCGUAGGUUGUGGAAGGACUAUUUUCCGGAAGUCAAUGGGAUUGUGUUUUUGGUUGAUGCAGCAGAUCCGGAGAGAUUUAAUGAAGCACGUGUAGAACUAGAUGCUUUAUUCCAGAUUCCUGAGUUAAAUAAUGUUCCUUUUGUGAUUUUGGGUAACAAGAUUGACGCGCCAAGUGCUGUUUCUGAAGCAGAGUUGCGUGCAGCGCUUGGAUUGUUAAACACUACUGGUGGCGCUGGGAUUGAGGGCCAAAGGCCAGUUGAUCUAUUUAUGUGCUCGGUGGUCAUGAGAUCUGGUUAUUUGGAGGCUUUCCAGUGGUUAUCUCAAUAUAUUUGA